AUGCAUGGUACUAAAAGAAAACAAUGGAGUAAAGAAGCAUUAAAUCGUAAGAGAUUAAAUGAUGUGAAAAAAAUCAAAGAUUACAGAAAACUAGUCGAUAAGGUUUUAACGUUGAAGGAAUCACAAGUGUAUGAUUUAAAAUCAUUGAAAUCCACUACCGAAUUGUUAGAGAUCAAUCCUGAAUUCAAUACAGCAUGGAAUUUUAGAAGAGAUAUUAUUGAUAAUAUUCGAAAUGAAUUGGAUUCCGAGUUUUGGGAUAAUGAAUUGAAAUUCACUAUGAAGACAUUGAAACGAUUCCCCAAAGUGUACUGGAUUUGGAAUCAUAGGGUUUGGGUUUUGAGUCAUCAUGUUGAUUCCUCGAUCAAGAUAUGGCAGAAGGAAUUAUUUAUUGUUAAUCAAAUGCUAGAACUCGAUAGUAGAAAUUAUCAUGGUUGGCAUUAUAGACGUAUCGUUAUUCAAAAUAUGGAAAGGCUAGGAAACAAGAGUUUAAAUCAUCAAGAGUUUCAAUAUACGACGGAGAAGAUUAACCAGAAUAUAUCUAAUUUUUCAGCAUGGCAUCAAAGGGUUCAAUUAAUCAGUAUGAUGUUUGAUCAUGAUGAAAUUGCUAAUAAGCUAGACCUCCUUAAAGAUGAAUUAGAUUAUAUUACAAAUGCAAUGUUUACAGGUGCAGACGACCAAGCUGUAUGGGACUAUAUUUGUUGGUUCAUUGAAUAUGACAAUGUUUUUAAGACUUUAGAAUUAAAGGAAUAUACCAAGAUGUUAAAUGACUUACAGACCAACAUUGUUAUGAUUAAUGAUGAUGACAAAGACUUUUCUGGGAAGGAAAAUCCAUGGUGCUUAAAGGUUUUAAUUCUUAUAGAAAACUUGCAAUGUAAACGUGGUAUUAAAAAGAGUGAUGACGUUUUGAAAUCCAAGGAAUGGCUUGCAAAGUUAAUUGAAGUUGAUCCCUUAAGAGCAAAUAGAUAUAGGUACUUAUUGGACUCUCAAUAUCAUGAAUAG